AUGCGCGGUUCAAGAUUGUUCGGUGCUUCGGCCGUUCCCCUGCUUGCUUCGGCCCAAUGUCCAGACUACCUAGACUACGCAUCUCAAAUCCAUGGACCGUUGAGCGAGGGCAGAUACCAGCUAGCGUAUCAACGUCCAUCCGAGGAUUGUCGAACAUUCAAGUCGCAAGGCGUUGAAGAUAUCAUAUCUCGCAUGCAGUCUGUCAUCAAAGACCCGGAUCUAUACCGUCUCUUCCAGAAUGCGUACCCAAACACGCUGGACACUGCUAUCAAAUGGAAAGGAUACUCGAAUGGAAACCCCGACGAAGAGCUGACAUUCAUAAUCACCGGAGAUAUCAACGCUAUGUGGCUACGCGACUCGUCAAAUCAGAUGCAAAGUUAUCUGCCACUUUUGAACGCCAGCAGUGAUCCGAAUUCCAUCGCUAGCUUAUACCGUGGCACAAUAAACCUGCAAGCUCGAUAUUUGCUCACAUCUCCAUAUUGCAAUUCCUUCCAGCCUCCAGUAGAGAGUGGUAUAGACAUAGCUGUAAACGAUGCCGCGAGCGAAGACACGGUCUUCCCACCGUACACCAAUGAAACAGUGUUCGAAUGCAAGUACGAGUUAGACUCUCUGGCAGCAUUCCUCGAGGUCUCUGCGAACUACCACGAUGCCACGGGCGAUUCGGACUUCUUCGGUCGAUUUCAGUGGGUCGAAGCCGUUGAAGCCAUCUUGAAAGUUGCCGAAGAUAUGACUCGGCCAACAUAUGGCGAAGACGGAGCCGUGCUAGACAGUCCAUAUACCUUCACCCGCCUUACUUCCCGUGCGACCGAGACCUUCCCUAAUAGCGGCCUUGGAAAUCCCAUCGCGAACGGUACUGGUCUGAUCAGGAGUGGGUUCCGCCCAAGUGACGAUGCGACGAUCUACCAGUUCUACAUUCCAUCCAACAUGAUGUUCAGCGCCUACCUAGCCUCAGCAUCGGAGAUCAUGAGCAAAUUAAACCAUCCGAAGGCUUCAUCUCUCUCCGAGAAGAUGUCCUCUCUCUCGCAAUCCCUUCGACGGGCCAUCGAGGAGCAUGGUACGAUCAACCACCCGAAGCACGGCAAAAUCUACGCCUUUGAGGUCGACGGCUUCGGCUCCUCGCUGAUCAUGGACGACGCAAACAUUCCUUCGAUUCUCUCCGCCCCCUUCGUCGGGUACGAGUAUGACGAAGAGGUGUAUCAGAACACCCGUGAACUCAUUCUGUCAUCCGACAAUUCCUACUUCAUGCGGGGGCCCGUCAUCAACGCUAUUGGGGGUCCGCACCAGGGCUUCGGACAGGCGUGGCCAAUGGCCAGCAUCGUGAGGAUCCUCACCAGUAACGACGACGAGGAGAUUGUCAACGAGUUACGGCAGAUUGUGAGUAGCACCGAUGGACUGGGUCUGAUUCACGAGAGCGUCAAUAGCUUCAACCAGAGUCAGUGGACCAGACAGUGGUUCUCGUGGGCAAACGGACUAUUCGGCCAAAUGAUUCUCGACUUGGAGGAGAGGAAGCCAGAACUGCUUGAGACCAGCUUCCAAUAA